CUUGCUCUCACUUCCCUCCUCGGUGGAUUUUAGUCUGCUUGUUUAUCCAUGGAAAAGGAGAAGCUUUUUGUGAAUGCUGGUAGCCCACCUUCUCUGAGCUACGCUGGCUCUUCGUCAUCUCCACCUACCACUUGGCAUUCUUCAAAUUCAGCCAUGGAACUUCCAUUAGCGGAGCUGAAUUGUUCUUCCGAGCAAUUGCCCAUUUGCUUCCUCAAUCUCAAUUGGGAGAAUUCAAUGGAUCAGAGCGUUCCCUUUGAAUCAGCCUUGAGCUCAAUCGUUUCUUCUCCGGCCACAUCGAAUGCCACGACCGCCGUCCCAACAGACAGCGUUAUCAUCAGAGAAUUGAUUGGAAAACUUGGUAGCAUCUGUAACUCCGGCGAGAUCUCUCCUCAGUCUCAGACAUUGGGUGGAAGUGCAGCUUCUGCUUCUUACAUUGGGGAAAACAAUAGUGUCAACACUUCCUGUUACAGUACCCCUUUAAAUUCUCCACCAAAACUCAAUCUUUCCAUGAUGGAUCAUCAGGUCAGGGGGAAUUCUAUGCCUGCACAUCCCAGUUUGACUCCUUUCUGUGGAGAUCCUGGAUUUGCAGAGAGGGCUGCAAGGUCCUCCUGCUUUGGAAGCCGGAAUUUUGGCGGAUUAACGGCCCAAUUCGGGUUCAACGAAGCUGAUUUCCCUCAGAGGUCGGUGCCCAGGCCGGAGAAUGGAAAGUUAUCGAGAGUCUCGAGCAGCCAAUCUCUCAAGGCUGUUGGAUCUCAUAUGGGUAGUCAGGAGAACAAGGAGACUCCAUUGCAGGAUGCAACUGAGACAGAGAUGAGAUCCGCUUCGGCUAAAUUCAGUAGAUUAUCGAGGUCUUCAACGCCGGAUAAUGCGGAGUUCGUAAAUGCUCUCGAGGAAUCUUCAAUUUCCGAGCAAAUCCCAGGUGGGGAUUCUUCUGUGAAAGCUUCCAAUGAUGCCAAUGGCAGAAAGAGAAAAGCUACUCCAAGAGGAAAAGCAAAGAAUACCCCUUCAUCUCCUUCUCGGAAAGACUCAAAGGAAGAGGAGGACCCAAAUGCAAAGAGAAGCAAACCAGCUGAAGCCACUGCAAAUGAGAAAGUUUCAACAAAAGCAAAGGAAGAAUCCAAUGGGGGUACCAACAAUGCAGGACAUGGAGAUCAGAAGCAAACAAAGGAUAACCCAAAGCUGCCGGAACCUCAGAAGGAUUACAUCCAUGUUAGAGCAAGAAGAGGCCAAGCCACUGAUAGCCAUAGUCUUGCUGAAAGGGUCCGAAGAGAGAAGAUCAGUGAACGGAUGAAGUUCCUUCAAGAUCUUGUACCAGGCUGCAAUAAGGUUACCGGUAAAGCAGUUAUGCUCGACGAGAUUAUAAACUAUGUUCAGUCACUGCAGCGACAAGUUGAGUUCUUAUCUAUGAAAUUAUCCACUGUAAACCCCAGGCUUGAUUUCAAUAUGGAAAGUUUACUCUCAAAAGAGAUACUUCAAACUCGAGGAUCGCUUCCACAUCCAAUUUACCCAUUAUAUUCGUCAGCAUCAGCCUUUCCUUUUGGGCACCACCCCCUUCAAAGUGGAAUUUCUAAUGGAGCAGAGACCCAGUGCUCAGUGAACCCAUUAGAUGCCAUGUUUCUUCGAAAUCUAGGGUUGCAGUUACCUUCUGUGGAUGGUUUUGGUGAAGCUGCUUCUCAGCUCUCCACAUUCUGGGAGGAUGAUCUCCAAAGUGUUGUUCAGAUGGGUUUUGGCCAGAACCAGAGCCAGGAAGCAGCAUUGCAGCCACAGAGUUUCCAUGGCUCAUUGCCAACUGCCCACAUGAAAGUUGAGCUCUGACCACCAUUUACCAGACUUGAAUUUGGUUGAGGCCCCAUGUAAAGGAGGCCUUUGUAUAUAAAAAAAAAGGUUUGUUUGAAUUGGCGAACGAGCUCCAGAAUUAUCAACCAUUACUCCUGAGCAAGAGACCUUUUAUCCUUUUUUCUUUUUUGGGUCCCCAUCUUUUUUUGUUGAUCAUUUCUGUGACUUAUUCUUUGGAGAAGUCUUACAAUUGUCCUCUGUAAAAUCUUAGAACUAAUUGCGUCCUGUGGUGAAAAAUAUUAUCACCACAUGUAAGAUGUAACAUGGUAAGAAGAACACAAGAGUGGAAGGGAGGGAGGGAUGGAAGGAGGAGUUCUGUUACAAACUUCUGAUCCAACCUUUGUUGGGCAUAUCAAACUUACCAUUCAGUAAUUCUAUUAUUAAUUCAUUGAGAUGUUUUAUUAUAUUUUAUGAUUCAA